AUGCUCGACUUGCACCUGCUGCAAGGACAAGCACUAAGAACCUCACCUAUUCCCUCCCCUCACAUCAAUCCACAUGUAUCUAACCUUCCUGUCACCCCGUCGUAUCACCAGCUAUCUCGACUAAGACAGCGAUACGGUAACGCGCAGACCACGAAGACGUGA